AGCCCCUUGAGCAGCCAUGACGGAGUACAAGCUUGUGGUGGUGGGCGCAGGCGGCGUGGGGAAAAGCGCCCUGACCAUCCAGCUCAUCCAGAACCACUUUGUGGAUGAGUACGACCCCACCAUCGAGGACUCGUACCGGAAGCAGGUGGUCAUCGACGGGGAGACGUGCCUACUGGACAUCCUGGACACUGCGGGUCAGGAGGAGUACAGCGCCAUGCGGGAUCAGUACAUGCGCACGGGCGAGGGUUUUCUCUGUGUGUUUGCCAUCAACAACACCAAGUCUUUCGAGGAUGUUCAUCAGUACAGGGAGCAGAUCAAGCGGGUGAAGGACUCGGAUGAUGUACCCAUGGUGCUGGUGGGGAACAAGUGUGACCUGCCCGCUCGAACUGUGGAGUCUCGGCAGGCCCAGGACCUUGCCCGAAACUACGGUCUUCCCUAUAUCGAGACCUCAGCCAAGACCCGCCAGGGCAGCCGCUCUGGCUCUGGCUCCAGCUCCGGGACCCCUCGGGACCCCCCGGGACCCGUGUGACCCGGCAGCCCCGGCGGCCCCUCGUGCUGGUGUUGAGGAUGCCUUCUACACACUGGUGCGGGAGAUCCGGCAGUACAAGCUGCGGAAGCUGAACCCUCCGGACGAGAGUGGCGCCGGCUGCAUGAACUGCAAAUGCGUGCUCUCCUGACG